AUCAUUCUUCCGGGAUUGGGACGGGAUUUUUUUUUGUUUUUUUGGGAGUGGGACUGGAGAGAUUUGUAAAUCCAUGGAUCAUGACAACAUUUCUGUAGAAAACUUGGAUGUUAGUCAGUGUGACAUUUUGUGAAAUAUAUGUUACAAGAUUAUCAACAUUAUCAAAGAUCUUCAGUAACACAUGAAGUAAACUUGUGUGUCUUUAAUCUGUCUGAUGUUUCUAAAGAUCUGACCACAGGUUUGAGGAAGUCUUGAGUCUUUAACACACUCUGUGUCUUUAAGCGUCUGACAUCAUUCAGUCAGUAUGGAGCUCAGUCCACUUCCUCUUCUGCUCUUGCUGAUCUCAAACAUCUUCUCUCAACAUACUGAAGAAAACCCAAAAGCCACAGUGAGCAUCAAACCUGCUCAACAUGUGUUCAGAGGAGAGACAGUCACUCUCAGAUGUGACGUAUAUAGUGAAGGAGUCACUAGCUGGCAGUACGUCUGGUAUAAAGAAGGUUCAGGCCGUGUUUUCAGUGACCUACAGCAACACACAUUCAGUCCUGUUACUGAGUCUGACGCAGGUAAAUACUUCUGUAUUGGAGCAGAGACAGGAGGAUCACGAACAUCACUCCUCAGUGAUGAAGUUACACUGACAGUAUCAGUUCCCAGAGCAGUGUUAAGUGUUUCUCCACAGAAGUGGUUGACUGAAGGAGAUUCAGUGACUCUGAUCUGUCAGGUUAAUGGUUCGUCUACAGGCUGGACAUUCAGCUGGUUCACUCUAACUCUCUCAUCAGACUACAGAUAUCAUUAUGAUCUGCUCUCAGACAGCAGCAGAGGAGCUGGAGGAAACUACACUGUCAGUUCUGCUGAUCUAAAACACACAGGAGUUUAUGUGUGUUCAGCAGAGAGAGGAAAACCAGCAUAUAACUCAACCAUCAGCAACACACAGCUACUGUGGGUCACUGAAAACCCAAAAGCCAGAGUGAGCAUCAAACCUGCUCAACAUGUGUUCAGAGGAGAGACAGUCACUCUCAGAUGUGAUGUAUAUAGUGAAGGAGUCAGUAGCUGGCAGUACGUCUGGUAUAAAGAAGGUUCAGGCCGUGUUUUCAGUGACCUACAGCAACACACAUUCAGUCCUGUUACUGAGUCUGACGCAGGUAAAUACUUCUGUAUUGGAGCAGAGACAGGAGGAUCACGAACAUCACGCCUCAGUGAUGAAGUUACACUGACAGUAUCAGUUCCCAGAGCAGUGUUAAGUGUUUCUCCACAGAAGUGGUUGACUGAAGGAGAUUCAGUGACUCUGAUCUGUCAGGUUAAUGGUUCCUCUACAGGCUGGACAUUCAGCUGGUUCACUCUAACUCUCUCAUCAGACUACAGAUAUCAUUAUGAUCUGCUCUCAGACAGCAGCAGAGGAGCUGGAGGAAACUACACUGUCAGUUCUGCUGAUCUAAAACACACAGGAGUUUAUGCGUGUUCAGCAGAGAGAGGAAAACCAGCAUAUAACUCAGACAUCAGCAACACACAGCUACUGUGGGUCACUGAAAACCCAAAAGCCAGAGUGAGCAUCAAACCUGCUCAACAUGUGUUCAGAGGAGAGACAGUCACUCUCAGAUGUGAUGUAUAUAGUGAAGGAGUCACUAGCUGGCAGUACGUCUGGUAUAAAGAAGGUUCAGGCCGUGUUUUCAGUGACCUACAGCAACACACAUUCAGUCCUGUUACUGAGUCUGACGCAGGUAAAUACUUCUGUAUUGGAGCAGAGACAGGAGGAUCACGAACAUCACGCCUCAGUGAUGAAGUUACACUGACAGUAUCAGUUCCCAGAGCAGUGUUAAGUGUUUCUCCACAGAAGUGGUUGACUGAAGGAGAUUCAGUGACUCUGAUCUGUCAGGUUAAUGGUUCCUCUACAGGCUGGACAUUCAGCUGGUUCACUCUAACUCUCUCAUCAGACAACAGCAAUCAUUAUGAUCUGCUCUCAGACAGCAGCAGAGGAGCUGGAGGAAACUACACUGUCAGUUCUGCUGAUCUAAAACACACAGGAGUUUAUGCGUGUUCAGCAGAGAGAGGAAAACCAGCCUUUAACUCAACCAUCAGCAACACACAGCUACUGUGGGUCACUGAAAACCCAAAAGCCACAGUGAGCAUCAAACCUGCUCAACAUGUGUUCAGAGGAGAGACAGUCACUCUCAGAUGUGACGUAUAUAGUGAAGGAGUCACUAGCUGGCAGUACGUCUGGUAUAAAGAAGGUUCAGGCCGUGUUUUCAGUGACCUACAGCAACACACAUUCAGUCCUGUUACUGAGUCUGACGCAGGUAAAUACUUCUGUUAUGGAGCAGAGAGAGGAGGAUCACGAACAUCACACCGCAGUGAUAAAGUUACACUGACAGUAUCAGUUCCCAGAGCAGUGUUAAGUGUUUCUCCACAGAAGUGGUUGACUGAAGGAGAUUCAGUGACUCUGAUCUGUCAGGUUAAUGGUUCCUCUACAGGCUGGACAUUCAGCUGGUUCACUCUAACUCUCUCAUCAGACAACAGCAGUCUUUAUAAGCGUCUCUCAGACAGCAGCAGAGGAGCUGGAGGAAACUACACUGUCAGUUCUGCUGAUCUAAAACACACAGGAGUUUAUGCGUGUUCAGCAGAGAGAGGAAAACCAGCAUAUAACUCAACCAUCAGCAACACACAGCUACUGUGGGUCACUGAAAACCCAAAAGCCAGAGUGAGCAUCAAACCUGCUCAACAUGUGUUCAGAGGAGAGACAGUCACUCUCAGAUGUGAUGUAUAUAGUGAAGGAGUCAAUAGCUGGCAGUACACCUGGUAUAAACACACUUCAAUCAGUGUUGUCAGUGAACUACAGGAACACACAUUCAGUUCUGUUACUGAGUCUGACGCAGGUAAAUACUUCUGUAUCGGAGCAGAGAGUAAAGGAUCACGCAUCUCACACAGCAGUGAUGAUGUUACACUGACAGUAUCAGCUUCAGUUCCCAGAGCAGUGUUAAGUGUUUCUCCACAGAAGUGGUUGACUGAAGGAGAUUCAGUGACUCUGAUCUGUCAGGUUAAUGGUUCCUCUACAGGCUGGACAUUCAGCUGGUUCACUGAAACUGUCUCAUCAGACAACAGCAAUCGUUAUAAGCGUCUCUCAGACAGCAGCAGAGGAGCUGGAGGACACUACACUGUCAGUUCUGCUGAUCUAAAACACACAGGAGUUUAUGUGUGCAGAGCAGAGAGAGGAAAACCAGUCUAUCACUCAACCAUCAGCAACAAACAGCUACUGUGGGUCACUGGUGUUUCUCCUCCAGUCUCUCUGAUCGUCAGUCCCAGCACAACUCAACACUUCACAUCUGUCUCUCUCUCUCUGAGCUGUGAGGGGCAGAGUAACUCUGCUGGAUGGAGAAUGAGAAGAUACUCAGACAAAUGGGGGCUGGAAGAUUGUUCAUCAAUGAAUGGAUCACAAACAGGAUCCACAUGUACAAUCAGAGACACCUUCACAGGUGACACUGGAGUGUACUGGUGUGAGUCUGAAUCUGGAGAGAACAGUCAUCCUGUUAAUAUCACUGUACACCUUAAUGUGAUUCUGGAGAGUCCUGUUCAUCCUGUGACUGAAGGAGAGACUCUGACUCUACGCUGUUUAUAUCAACAUUCAACUCCACCAAACCUCAGAGCUGAUUUCUAUAAAGAUGGGUCACUCAUCCAGAGUCAAACUACAGAGAUGAUCAUCUCUACUGUCUCAAAGUCAGACGAGGGUUUCUACUCCUGCAAACACAGAGAGAAAGGAGAGUCACCCGAGAGCUGGAUCUCAGUCACAGCUUCCUCCAGAACAUCAGGAUCUGAUCUCAAUCCUGUGAUAGUUGGAGUGACUGCUGGACUCACAUUUUUGAUCAUUGUCGUCUUGGUCCUGCUGUGGCGCUACAGAAACAACAAAGGUGAAAGAUCUCAGUCUCUCUCUCGUGUGAGUCAGCAGAAGAACAGCAGUCAGACAUCAGAGCAGAACCAGAGUGAAGCGGGACAUAAAACACUCACGUCUGGAACCGCUCAUAUUUAUGACUCGCUUGAUGCCACAAUUAAUAAUGGCAUAAGCACAGAUACAGAAGACAUUGUAAGUGGACCUUCUGAACUCACAUACGCUGAGAUUGAGCUCAAAUCUACAGAGAAACAGAAGAAAAAGAAAGAAAACAAAGGUAAUACGAGUGAAAGUUCAGACCCUGUGUACUCUCAGCUGAAUCUGGAAACCCAUCAAGGUUAAAUAAACGGUUGGAGGAGAAACUUUCAAUCAUAGGAUGCUGAUGAGUUUAGGCUGAGAAGGGCUGGAGAAUGAACAGGAUCAUCAAUUCUUUCUUCAGCCUUCAUGUGGUUAAGACACUGUGCAUGCUAAUCUUUGAAAAGCAAUGAGCUGUACAUUAUACACUGAAAAAAACAAAUGAUCUUUUAGUACUAAACAGUGUUUAUUAUUUUUUUUAUAUAUAUAAGAGGCAGCAGCUCAUCAUUUUACUGUUGAUUGUGACCAGAUUUCCCUUAUUUGUGUGUAUUCUUGAUUUUAAAUGUAUUUGCAACAUAGUCAUGAACAAUCUGGAAAUUCCUGUCAAUUUUUUAAUGUCUGGAAGAGUUGCCUCACAAGUAAAUGUAUAUGAUGAUUUUAUAUAUAUAUUUAUAUAUAUUUAACUGUAAAAUGAUUUUAAAAAUCCUUAUUCAGCAAUCACAAACAUAUGAAAAAACUAAAAUAUUAAUAAAAAUCAUGGGACACCAUGGAAAUUCAUUGUUCAAAAAGUUAGGGAAUUCUGUUGUAGCUUGCUUGUUUGUCAUAUAAUCACUUUUAAGGUUUAAUAUUGUAAUUUUAAAUAUUCUUAUUUUAAUAAAAUGUCAUUGCUAUGAAUACAUCUAUGUGAGUCUAAUAUUUAGAUUUUAAAACUGCUUGAAAAGAAUUUGACUUCAGCUGUAGCUUGCCUGUUGUUCUUAUUUAGAAAUUAGAAUAAUUGUUCAUAAUUCUAAUUAUAAACUGUAGUUUUGCUGUAAUAUCUAUACUUUUUGUUUAUAUCUUUAUUACAAUAAAAUAAGACCUAAUUGCCACAAUGGUAGCAUGGAGCAUGAGCGUACAUACAUCUAAACAUGUCUCCAAUGCCUCCAAUACUUUUCUUUUAUUGUUUCUAAGAUAAUUAACUUGUCCAUAUCCUUAUGCAAUUUUUUAUUUUGAAGACUAGGAGUAGGUCUAGGUUGAAAUUGGUGCUAAAUUGUGUUUUCCACAUUGCAGAUUCAUUAAUACUUUUACAUUUUACUAGCCUUUGAGAGCUCUCUGGACCAUGGGCAGAUCCUAUGAAGGAACCGUGAAGGGCCGUGGUGAAUGGAGCCUCCUGGAUCCCCUCAGGAAAUGGACAACUAGGUUGUUCCAGCCCACCAAAAGUUUUCCUCUGCAGCCAUCUGCUGUCGUAAAACUAAUUAAUGAACCACAAUGUCUUAUAUAUGCUUGAUGUGUUUCAUGUAAUCGGUUCAACUUUAAUCAAUGUUUUAUAACUCCUUUUGUAGCAGAUAAAGCUAUUAAUGUCUGUAUAAGAUAAGUCUGAUCUUUGAGCUUGAAUGAAAGCAUAUUUUAUUUGCAAGACUUUGGUAUGAAUGAAAAGUGGGAAGUAUGUAUAAUACUUUGAUACAUUAAGAAACUUUAUAGAGGUAUUAACAAAAGUCUGGAAAGGAUGUUCCCCACGUGAUAAAUUAAAGCAUUGUGUUAAUUUAUGCACAAAGAGAAACCGUGUGGGGCCACGCAUUGGGUGGAAUUAGAGGUUUCAACCAGUACUGAAGGGGUAUCUCUCUGAGCAGACCCAACUGAAGUAGACUGUGGACUGAGUCGAACACGGCACCCCAAAAACAAAGUUUGCUGGCUGGGGGACAGAGAGCUCUUGGGAAAAUUGAUCCUGAGGCGCUCUAAGUGGCUGAGUAGGAGGCACAUGUGGGCUAUUAGCGCUGCCUCUGAUUAUGCUGAAACGAGCCAGUCAUCAAGGUAAUUUAGGAUACGGAGUCCCAUCUGUCUCAGAGUGGAGACGGCCACGUCCAUGCACUUCAUAAGUGCUGGGAGCCAGAGACAGCUCGAAGGGAAAUACUGUGUAUUACUGUGUAUUCAUAAGCCACUUACUCGAAGGCAAAUCUCAAGAAUUGUCUGUGAUUUGAGUAUCUGGAUGUAAAAGUAAGGCCCAGUCCCAAUUCUACCCCUUAGCCCUUCCCCUUUCCCCUACCCCUCCGGUUCUCAUGUUCGUGUGAAGGGGUAGGGGUGUCUCGAUUCUCUUUUGG